AUGGGGUGUGGGCAAUCCAGCCUCAAAGGCGACGACGUGCCACACCUCAACAGCCAGCUCGUCGACAACAGACCAAUCAAGAAGAUCCAGACGAACUUCUCAGACAUCAACUAUGAUCAAGAUCCCCAACAACAACGGCGCAUGACAGAGUAUGCGCCCAACGAGACGCCGCGCGAGUAUCCGCCGGUUCUGGAACACGACUCUCAGGACGCGAUCCACGAGGCCGAUGCCACAACCGGGUCGACGCGACCGCCCGGUCCUGGAGCUUUUGGUGGCGGUAGCGGCGCAGGGGACGGCCUCGGUAGGGAUGCAUCGUAUCCGCAUCAAAGUGUCGGUGAUACGACGAGAAAUCCGAUUGACAAUCACGCCGGGGGACAGCUCGGCCACGACGUGAACGGCAAUGACAACAACGCCCUAAAGCCGUACCAAACAUUCGACGGGACUGAUUGGGACAACGACAAUUUCCAAAACCAUGACCAGAAACAGAGCCAGGGCCACCAACAACCCAACCAUGACCAGACCGGUAAUCCAGACGGCUACGACCCUACUUCCCGGCAAGCAAAGCGCGAAUUUGCCCAUGAAAAUGAUCCAGCUACACCACAUCCGCGUUCUCAAGGGGCCGACGAAGGCAUCGGUCACAGUGGGGUCAGCAGCAGCAACAACAACAACGGUAUCGUAGACGCUUCAAAUCCACAACAACACAAAAAUUCAUGGCUGGGCCAGAAAUACGCCAGCUUCCAGGCCUCCAAGUCGGGGCCUGGUGUCAAGGAUGAAGACCUCAGACGGUACACGGGCAAAGACCGGGCCGAGUUUGACGAGUGGGCCAAAACGCAUCCUGGAGUCGGUGCCCGACAACCUGCGAACGAUACCGCAUACACAGGCGGCGGAGGCGGGUUCGCCAAUUAA